AUGACAAGCGGGCCCCUCGAUCCUUCUACGCAGCUUGAUGCUGCACCUUUCUCGGGGCAUCAACUCCUCGGCACAGAGGGCCUAGAGGGCCUAGGGGGCCCACCAGGGGGCUUUGAGGCCCCCACAGAGGGCUUAGAGAGCCCUCCAGAUGGCCUAGGGGCCCCCUCAGAGGGCCUUGGGGGCCCCCCAGAGGGCCUAGGAGGCCCCCUAGAGGGCCUAGGAGGCCCCCUAGAGGGCCUAACGGGCCCCCCAGAGGGCCUACCGUGCCCCCCAUGGGGCAUAGAGGCCCCCGCAGAGGGCUUAGCGGGCCCCUUAGAGGGCCUAGGGGGCCCCCCAGAGGGCUUAGAGGGCCCCCCAGAGGGCCUAGGGGGCCCGCCAGAGGGCUUGGAGGGUCCACCAGAGGGCCUACCGUGCCCACCAGGGGGCAUAGAGGGCCCCCCAGAGGGUUUAGCGGGCCCCCCAGAGGGUUUAGGGGGCCCCCCAGAAGGUUUAGCGGGCCCCCCAAGGGGCCCAGGGGUCUCCGCAGAGAACGCGCGUGCCACAGCAGACGGUCCAGGGGGCCCCCCAGAGGGAACGGGGGACCCUCCCGGAGCUAGAGUUCCACCAGCUGGAGCAGCAGCAGCUGCAGCUGCUGUACCAGCUGCAGCACGAGCAGCAGAUGCUGCUGAUGCAGGACAAUACUCCCCCCCCCGAAACAGCUGA